AUGUCUUCCUGGCUCCUCAAGCUUGGCACCGCCUUUGCCCUGGCGCAAACCAUUUCGGGCGCCCACAUCUACAUCAAGUCUACCCAACCACCAGCUAACGGGUACGUGACGCACUGUACAGUCAUCAUCGAUGAGGAGCUUUUCGGCUGCAAGGGCAGCUCCGACCCUUUCAAGAAGAAGUGUGGCAGGAAUGAGGGUAUCGAGACCAAGGAAAUCUGUGAAACUGCCUCCGUCACCGUCAACUGGGACACCGGCGAUCUACAAUUCAAGAAUGAUCACGGCGACCACGCCAACUGCACCCUGAGCACUACCAACCCAUGGGGCGAGUGUGAUACCAGCGACGCGACCAAGUACCCCAAGAUCGUGGACAACCACGCGGAAAGCCUCUUCAGUAUCAGCAGUGCGCUAUACGGGUUAGCACCCGUCGCCGCAGGGCUAUUGAUAUAA